AUGAAUUUAGAAAUGGAGACUACACAUAAAGCUUUCAGCUUUAUUUUGAUAAUAGCACAAUGUUUUGCAACGUUUCCUGUGUCGGGAAUUUUGAAUAACAACGUUCAACGUUUAAAAUUAAAUUUUAGAGAUGUUCGGGUUUAUUAUUGUUUCUUCUAUUUAAUCUCCCUUUUGAUUAAUAUGGGGUUUUACGUUUUAAAAAUAGCUAAAGAAGUUAAAUUCGGUUAUUUUGUUACUCUUCUCUUUUAUUCAUGUUCGUUUGUAACGACAAUAAUUUUUUUGGUUAUCGCUAAAAAUUGGAAUAAAUUGAUGCAAUUUUGGACAAGAAUUGACGUAAAAAUGGAAUAUAGACGAUAUGGCUUUCCGAAAAAAUUAAAAAAGAAAAUUUGGCUUAUUACAAUCUUUGUGCUAUUUGGAGCUGUUUGUAAAUUAUUUUACGCAUCUUCAAACAUUCCAAGUAAUGGAUUAGAGGCUGUUAAUGAGUUUCUAAGAACUAUAAACCAACAUAUCUUUUAUUAUAUACCUUACGGUUUCUUAUUGGGGUUAUUUUUUGAGUUAAUAAGCGUUUUUAGUACAUUUACGUGGAAUUACAUGGAUUUAUUUAUUAUGGUGAUUAGUAUUAGUUUAUCAGAACGGUUUCAACAAGUUUCAACACGUAUCUUACAAAUAAUACAAUCAAAUAUAUCUGACAUUAACACGUGGAAAGAAAUUCGCGAGGACUACAACAAUCUAAGCGUUCUAUGUAAAAAGAUCGAUUUUUUUAUAGGGGAUUUAAUUCUAUUAUCAUUUGCGAACAAUGUUUUCGUUAUUCUUGUUCAACUUCUUAACACUUUAGAACCAAAAAGUAACAACGAUAUCAUCGGAAGGUUGUAUUUCAUUUGUUCCUUCGGAUUUUUAAUAAUCCGAACGAUUUUGGUGUGUAUGUUCGCUUCAAAAGUUUAUGACGAAAGUCAACGUUCCUUCGGCAAAUUGAAUUCUUUACCGAAUCAUUUUUAUAACGUCGAGAUCGAUCGUUUAUUAAUACAAAUCAACGUAGAUCCUUGUUGUUUAACGGGGCGAAGAUUGUUUAAUGUAAAAAAAUCUUUAAUUUUAAGUAUUGCAGGUGCUAUUGUGACGUAUGAGUUAAUUCUCAUUCAAUUCCAUGUAAACUGA